CCCUCCAAAAGAGCGAGGACCGCAUACACCAGCGCCCAACUGGUGGAGCUGGAGAAAGAAUUCCAUUUCAACCGCUACCUGUGCCGGCCCCGGAGGAUCGAGAUGGCGGCACUGCUCAACCUGACGGAGCGGCAAAUCAAGAUCUGGUUCCAGAACCGCCGGAUGAAGUUCAAGAAGGAGCAGCGCGGCAAGGGCUCGGCGGACAAACACGCCAAGUCGGAGAGCAGCUUCUCCGGGAGCGACACGGAGAACUCGUGUCACGGCGGGGACCGGAGUCCCGGCCUCAGCGACUGCGUCAGCAAGCCGGCGGGGAAGGCUGAGGGCGAUCUGAGCAGGCUGCACCUCUCGCCCAACCCCCAGGGGGACGCGGGUCACUUCCUGUCCACCCGUCUCCCCCGGGCUGGCUCGCCGUCCCUCAAUGAUAUGGAGAGCUCUUGUAGUUUACAAAACACGACCCGGCCACUCGGCGUCAUGCGUCAUGAGCCGACGGGCGUCAUGCGUCAUGAGCCGACGGGCGUCAUGCGUCAUGAGCCGACGGGCGUCAUGUGUCAUGAGCCGACCGGGGUCAAGGCCGAGAGUCCGAACUCUGGUCUCAUUUCCCCCGGCCAGACGGUGGUCAAGCAACAUCUGACGUCAUCAGGGCAGACGGGCCGCAGUCACGAGCGCUCAUCUCCUCCCAGCUUGAGUCCUUACCCACACAACCAGCAGCGCCACCACCCCCCUCAACAUCAGGGUAACCAUGGCAACGGGUACGGGCCGCCCUCAUCCAGACAUUACCCCGGGUCCAAUAUGCUUGUCACUGGGAGCAUGUAUUCAGACAUUAAUCCAUUGGACAACCACACGCAUGCGCACAAUCCUAUGACGUCACAUCCGGCAAUGAACAACCAGAUGAAUUGUUCAGCGACUUCCAUGGGAUACAAUCCCGGCUCCUACGACUACAUACCCAAACUUACACACUUGUAGACCAGCUACACACCAGCUACACGCUAGCUACACUAGCUACACGCUAGCUAACUAGCUAGCCAUCUAAAUGAACCAUAACAAGGAACAUGCGAACGUGGUUUAAUCAAACACGUUGCUGUGCUGGUCACGUGAUAGUCACCUGUAGCUGACCCCAUUGGACGUUCACAUCAGUACACGCACUUACCACAC